AUACCUUAAAAGCUGCCCUGUAUAAAAUUGUGUUUUUGCUUGGGGGGUUUUCAGCUAAAUAUUAUUACGUAUUCCACAGCUAUUUCUGAGUACAAUGAAUUAGCUCGGAGAAAAAAAAAGCAACUGGUCCAGUCUCGAAAGAAAGGUGCUCGUAAUAAGUCUUUGGAGUAUGAAGAUCAAGUUAUGAUACCAAUUGGUAGGAUGUACCACUGUUAUAAAAGAAAGAAAUGGGUUCUUGAUGGACAGUAUGUGACGCAAAGCCUGGUUUUUAGAAAGGACAUGAAUUACCGGAGAAUUUUAGAAACGUGUGUAUCAGUUGUCUUCCCUGAUGAUGAUCUAGAAUCCAGUGAAUGCGAAUAUUAUAUUGCCAAUGGUAGGGGUAUGAGUAUUCAUAGUGGCGAUUUUAUUCAAAUCAACAAUGAUGACGGUGAAGAAGAGUGCAUUCCGUGGACCCUGGAAGCAUACAUUCGAUUGUCGAGUAUUAGAUAUGCCUCUAAGGCUAGACUAUAUUGUGUCAAGAAGUUUAUUGAAGGUACAUGUAAGAACAUACUAAGAGAUUUAAAAAGUUAUUAAGAGUACCUUUAUACAUAAAAGAUGUGGAGAACCAAAAAGUGUCUGUGGUGGCUCCCACACCAGAUGAAUCCAUGGCGUAUCUGGGCCACCAAGAAGUUUCUAGACCCACUCAGCGGGCAUGUGCGGAAAGAGAAGAACAGGAGCAGCAGAAAUCCCUUACAUUUUCAGCCACUCUUUGCCUACUUUAAGCAAAGCAGAUAUGCUGAUAAGUUUGUAAUGGUCACAGACCUUUCACAGAUGGCUGCUUCUGGGGCGUG